GCCCUUGUUGCUCUAGCUCAGAUAACUUCCAGAAGGACCGAAUAUUAAUAAGGGUGUGCGUUAAUCAUGGCGAAAGCAGAUAAAGAAGCGGUCCUGUCCGACUUGACAAGUCGGAUAUUCGCUUCUAUGAUGGGAGAGAUUGCUAUGGACGUAGCUAUCCAGGCGCAGAAGGAAGAGAGGAAUAGUUUGAGCGUUUGUAAGAUUUGUGGUAUGCGGUGUAACCAAGUACAUGCUCUCCCGGAGGCUGCACCAGCUGCUGGGAGCUCACGAGCGGGUUCUCCAACGAUUGAUGGCCUACCUCCUCCCGAUUCUGGCACGCCGGGAAGUUCUGGGAAGUCUGACGGGAAUAUCAACCUGAGCUGUGUUAACUGUCAACGGCUCUUUGCAUCCAACAGGUAUGCACAACACCUUACUACUUGUCUGGGUGUAGGAACUGGUGUAAGGCGUACUGCUCAGAGAAACGCCGUGACGAAGACGAAAACAAAUGCGAAUACUCGUUCGGGAUCUCCGUAUGUGGAUGAAGUUGAAGACGCAAAACCUAUAAAAGGGAAAGGAAAGGCUAAAGGGAGAGCCGCAGCCGAAGACGAUGUUGUUGGCGCACUGAAGUCUGGGUUGCCUCAGCCUUCUCCAACAAAGAAGCAGAAGAAAGGGAGAGCGACUCCAGCCACUGGAACAGGUCCGCCUCGACUACCAGGGAGUCGUCUAGGUCCACCAGGCUCAAACCCAAAACCGCCCUCCAAAGUCCGCUCAACACCCACCCCCUCCAUCGCCUCCCACAUCUCCAAAACCUCACACUCGCCCUCCGCACACUCCAACGACUCCUCAGACGCCGAAGGCGGCAUCCCCGCCACGGGCGGCACCGGCGUCGACUCAGGCGCAGAAGGCGAAGGCGAGUCGCAGUCUUCUGUCCUGGGUGGGAUUAGCCCUUCGUUGCCUACCGCGGAAUCGAUCGGUCGUGGACGAAGUAAGGCUGGUAGUUUCAGCCAAGGUACUGGGAGUGGGGGUGGUAGUAGUGCUGGUGGAGGAUCAAAGGCGAAGAAGGUUACUGGGACGGGUCCACCUGCGAAGAAACCACCUCCACCGCCUGUGAAUCGUUUACCGAGCCUUCCGCCCCCGCCUCCUCCGCCCGUUAGACAACCUAAUUCUACUUUCCUCAUCGAUAUUGAAGGGGAUGAAACUGGUUCUGACACAGACUGAGUACCGCAUCAGUGACUCUGCUAAAGCUGAAAGAUCUUGUUUAUCGAUUUGCUCUGCUAUAUCUAUUUUCAUAUGUAUGAUGACAUCGUGUGCAAUAUUGUUCCUAUCUUGUACCACGUACAUCUUCCAGUGAAUGCCAUCAUCAGUUAUUUCGGACUAAAAUAUGUAUGUAUAUUCAAGGACGAC